UCCUCGGGGCAAUGACAUCAUCCGUCAUCUAAUAAAUCUAAUUCCCGGAGAACGUGUGUGACGUAUCUCACGGAAUAAGUUGUCUGAGGGACGUCUCGAGAUUUCAGAGAUGUGUCAUAUGCAAUUGUCGGAGAAACAUCUACUGUGAUGUAUCGAUUACAACUAUAACGAUAUUCGAUUUCACUGGACGCGCGUAUCGUGUCGAAGAGCGAUGUCAAAAGACUAGUCACACGCGGUUGCUGCGCGAUCUCAAAAUGAGUUCGAGAGACGAGGAAGCUGAUAUGGAAUUUGCGUUCGUCAAAGAGAACAGUAGAAGUCAGCAAGAGAAGGUGAAGGCGUUUUGGAAGUUCUUAGACGCUCAGAAUUGUUUGCAACCACAGGAAGGAGUACUGGAGCGCGAGUCGCUACCAGAAACGGAAACGUCGAUGUCGAGCGUGGAGGAGUUCAUGAAGGAGAAGGAUAUUUGGCGCAAGGGGCUGAAAGUUUUCCAACGACUCGGCCUGGACAAAACCGCUCUCGCGGCUGAUAACAGAUGCGAAUUCUGCCUCGCACACAAAACGAUUAAACGACAAUGCGAUCCUCUGAACCGACCUGAGAAUCUAGACGACACGGUGAUGCAACCGUAUGAGGAAUUGAACGCUGAUAUGAAGGCUUUCGAGCAGCGUCUGAAAAGUCAGCGCGAAGCGCCUUACGCUUGUGACAAAUCAAAUCCUCGGUGCAACUCCAGUCAUAUGUAAAAUCGAAAAAAUAAUUGUAUACUUGUACGGCCGACGUCUUUCUUCGACUUGCGCGAGAAUGGUCUUUCUUUGAUUUACCGCGACGAAGUUCCAAUUUUUCAAUCGAUUUUUAAUCAUUCAAAUUCUAGCGGUUUAACAAAUUUAUGCUUAUUUAUGAAAAUUAUAGGUUUUAUAAUAAGGAAUAAUAAUAUUGUUUUGUUAAUAUUUUGAUAUAUAACUAAUAAAAAAUAAUAUAAUAAUUUUGCAUGUACUUACAAAGGCGCGAUAUAUCUGUUUUGGCAUUGUCCAAUUUUUUUAUCUUUGUAGAAAUAUCUUUUGUAUAUAAAAGAAGUAAUACAUUCAUGCUCGACGA